AGGACCCCAUUUGAUCUCUCUUCAUAUCCCCUCGCGAAUAGGAAUACAUAGAGACCUACAGCUACAACAUUUUCCAUGCAUGAGGUCUGAUUUCAAGAGUGCGGAACCGGUAGAAGUUGUUUAUGAUGUAAUGUGCUGAAAGCAUUUCUACCUCCACCAGCAAAUAAGCCUCUAUGUCGUCCGCACGGGCGGAGUUCCUCGAGCAGCAGCGCAAGCUGCUGCAGCUGGAACACGACGAGGAGAAGGCACAGACGACGGAGUUGCUGCAGACGUGUCGACAGGUGGAGCUGUCCGACGCUGGGGUUGCGAUUCUGAAGCUGUACUUGCACAACAAAGAGCUCAAGCUUUCGACGGGCUUGUAUGGGAAAACCGGCGCCACCCUGACGCGGUACCAUCCGGAGGACCUCCUUCCCGCGCACCGGCUGUCGCCGGGCGACAUCGUUGGCGUAUUCGACACGGCGAAUCCGUUGCACGGCGUGAAGCCCAUUGUGGAGGCGAUUGUCAGCAAGGUGCGCGCCAAAGAAAUCGAGCUGGUGUUUUCGGGCAAGGUGGACGAGGACGUCUUUCCGCUCCAUGUGGGCCCCUACCACAUUGCGGUCAUCGCCUCCGAUGUCACGAUGAGUCGGUACAAGUACACCUUGCAGGACUUGGAGGCUCAGUUCGCGUUGCUCGGAGACUUCGGAAAGAGCGGCGGCGGCGGGUCCUCGUCCUCCGCGGGGGAAAGAAACAAAGUGGUCGAGCUUUGUUUUGCUUCUGGAGACACGAAUUUGAGCAAGCAAAAUUCCCCGUCCGCUAGUUCAGUUAACGGUGGAGGUGCACCUGGUGAGGUAGUUUUUCCGAGGUUCCUCGAUGAUUUUCCGGUCCAAGGCAUGAUGCAAGGUUGUAAACAGGAGGACCACGAUGACGACCGAGUCGGCGUUGGGCCAGCUGCGACCUGGACGAGUUUUCGCUGCGCGCCAGCGCACCGACUGAAUGAGCCACAGCAGCAAGCGGUCCGGAACGCGCUGAGGUCACAGGAUCUGCACGUGAUCCACGGCCCGCCUGGGACGGGGAAGACAACCACCUGCGUGGCUUUCAUCCUAGAGUGCGUUGCGCGGGGCAUGCGGCUACUGGUCUCGGCGCCCAGCAAUGUUGCAGUGGAUAAUUUACUGCACAAGGUCGCGCAGCACCUCCCGGCGUCGUGCCUGGUGCGCAUCGGGCAUCCCGUCCGCGUAGACGCGGAUCUGCAGAAACUCACGCUCGACGGGCGCGUCGCGGGCACUGAGCAAGCGGCACUUUGUCGGGACAUCGAAGUGGAGAUCAAGGAGCAUCUCGCGGCGCUUCGCAGCAAGAACAACAGUGGAGGUUCCUCCAAGAACAAAAAUGCGGGCGGAGGGAGUGCAUCCACCUUCGCCAACCGACGUUUGCGGAAGGAGGAGCUGUCCAAGCUGCGCAAGGAACUGAAAAAGCGGUCUACCGACGCCGUGAAGGGGGUGCUGGCCUCUGCGCAAGUGGUCUUCUGCACCUGCGCGGGGGCGAGCGAGGUGAAGAAGCGGUUUUUGCUUCGGGGAGGUUCUAGAAACGAUGGCCGGGGAGCGGAACCACAGCAAGCGUCUUCAAUAGAUCCGUCGUCGCUGUUCGACGUCGUUUUGGUAGACGAGGCCGCGCAAACGCUGGAGGUGGCAUGCUGGAUUCCGCUGCUGUGCGGACGGCGUGCCGUCUUGGCCGGUGAUCACAACCAGUUGGCGGCCACGGUGAAAAGCGAAGAAGCCGCGCGCCAGGGGCUCGACCGCACGCUGUUCGGCCGGAUGAUCGAGCGGUUCGGAGACCGGGUCAGUAGUCUGCUCAGCAUCCAGUAUCGCAUGCACGACAUCAUCAUGGGGUGGAGCAGCGCCGAGUUUUACGAUUCCCGGCUGGAGGCUGCGGAAGAAGUGCGCGCGCGCACGCUGCUGGGGACUGAUGGAGGUGGGAGCAAUAGUAGUACAGAUACUGGAACAAUUACAAUCGCUGCACAAGGCGGGCCAGCUACGAAAUCUCCUAGCGGUUAUUGUUUUCCCAGCGCGCAUCCGCUUGUAUUCGUCGACACGGUGGGGAACCACCGCUGCCGGGAACAGGAGCCCGAAAAUAGCACUGCCGGAGGACAGCAUCAACAGCAGGCACGACCUGGGAAAGUGAAAAGCAUCCUUCAGCAGGCCAGCAGCGCGCGGUGCAACCCGGGCGAGGCAAGGAUCUUGCUUGGAUAUGCGAAGUGGUUGCAGAAAACCUUAGCAGUUCGGAAACCGGAGGAGGCAAAGCAGACAAGCAUCUGUGUGAUCACGCCGUACAACCAGCAGGUGGACCACUUGCGGUUGCUGUUUGCGGAAGCGGGACUCGGCAACAUCCCCGUGAACACGGUGGACAGCUACCAGGGCCGGGAGGCCGACGUGGUGUUGCUCAGUCUGGUGCGUAGUAACGAAAAUGCAGAAGUUAUCCAGAGUGAAAACAUCCCCAGCCCAAAGUCAAGAUGCGAAUUUUGCGGAAUACAAGUCCAGAUCUUUUGAGACUGAGGCAUGAAAACUUUGGGUUCGCAGUGUAGUCGUUCCGUAGCUAGUCCGCAUGCAUCACGAAUUCACUGCAUUGUCCACCUAGGGGUAUCGGCAGAGGCUAAGUCUGUUCUAACGCCCAGGUAUUGGCAGAGGCUAAGUCUGUUCUAACGCCGACCCGCCAGGAGUCAAAUGGUGCUACUACUCCUACUGCAUUGUCCGGAUAAGCGCCGCGUGACAGAUUCCCAAAAACUAGUACGUAGAAUAUGCCUCUCAUGUUGGAGACCCGCAUGAGAAAGAUCCUCAGCACGCAAAUUUGCAUGACAAUAUCGGGGGGUCGGGGUCGUUUUUCCACAGGAUAGAGGUGGGAUUUUUGAGUGAUUUCCGGCGGCUGAAUGUAGCAGUGACGCGGGCGAAAAAGCACGUGUUGAUCGUCGGCAAUUCGACCACCAUCUGUAGCGACGAGGUGCUGGCCAGCCUGUAUCAGUACGCGCUGCAGCGGGGCAAGGUUGUGUUUGCUAGCGAAACAGUAUCUGAAAUGCUCGAUACGGUUGCAGUAGCGGAUGCCGCAAAGUUGACCGUUGAGGACGGCGCGGAGUGCGGGCCUUUCGAACCAGAGAUCGCGAGCGAUGGGGCUUCGCUCAUGGCCAACUCGGCGGGGGCGUCCCGAAAAAAGAAGCAAGCACUGCAGCUCGUGGCGGGAAUGGUCGAAAAGGAUCCGCAAGAUGGCGGGAGGGGUCGCGGCGAAGGAACGACUUCUUCGGAGCAGGUGGGGACAAACGCAAACACGAAGACAAGCACCGGCCCCGCACCGAUGCAGAUGUCGGCGGAAGAAAUAGAGAAGCGGCGAAAAAAGUUCAUUGCAACGCUCGAGGAGUUUUUGAUGAAGCACGACGACCCAGACAGCGCCCGAAAAGAGUUCCACGAUUUUCCAAAGUCGCUCAACGCUCGGGAGCGACUCAUUGUUCACGAGGUGUGCGAGAAGUUGGGCGUGCAAUCGGAGAGCCAAGGGGAAGGCAAGAAGCGCUUCGUUCGGGUGUUUCGAAGUAGUGAUGUCGGAGCAGCGCCAAGCGGACCAGCGUCUGUGGGUGACGUUAAACAAGGCAAAGAAGAAGCUGUACCACGCGCAUUUUCGCCGGAGAAAAGGGUUGCGGGGGAAGAGAGGGAUGAACUACCGCAGGAUCAGUCUAGUGUUGCAGCUGACCCGGUGUCAUUGUCACAGGGAGCAGUGCCGGAAAGCGCUGUCGUACAGACGCGUGCGAAAUUAGGUGCCGAAUCGCCGCCUGCGAGCACGCACGAAAAGCAUGAAACGCUUUCCGAGCAAGCAGAGCCGGCAUCUGCGGACGCAGGGAGUGAACUUCUAAGAGAUUUGGCGCGCCAGCGAGAAGAGCGUCAACGCCGACGCAUGGAGGAAGCGGAGGCAGCGAGGAAGCUGGAAAAGCACCAGAAGCUACAGGCGAAGAAGCAGCAGAAGGAGAAAAAGAAGCAGCAGCAAGCGAGUGGCGCUAAGGAAGAAGAGGAAGACGACUUCGAUGCGAUUUUGGACGAUUUCACGGAGAAAUUCCCCCGUGGAAAGUGCACUGUCUGUAAGGUGAGUGUCAAGCACCUCACAGAGGAAUUUACGACUUGCGAGUACUGCCGGAGAACCUUUUGCUUUCAGCACCUGCAGGCGGAACUGCACGGCUGCGGUGAUGCAGCCAAGCAAAAAGAGCGAGCGCAGCGUAAACACACACUGAACCCAAAUAAACCAAAGGGGCCCACGGACGCGCCGCACCGCCGCGCACAAGUUGCUUUGCAGGAGAAGCUGCGUGAUGCGGCGAGCGAAAGAAGUAAAAAGCCCAACAAACAGUAAAAUGCAACAAGGUCAACGGCAAAAUGGAAGGGCACGCUCUUGCGAUGAAAUCGUCUUUCGAGAUGACAAUCUACUACGCAGAACUUGUGUUGUGCUGAAGUACGGAGAAACAGC